AUGAUGCACCUACUACAACAUCAUCGACACGCUUGUCCAACAAUAACUGAAGAAAACAACAACAAACCGUAUGAUCUACUGCCUCUAAAUAGUAAAAAAGAUCACCUAAAUGUCUCCCAGCCUGAUCUAUAUCAGCCAUUGCCAAUCCACUUACCGUGCGAGCCUUCAGAGGAGCCUCAAGGCCUUCUGACAUUCCUGGAAACAGCUCAAAAGCGACAAAGAAUCGAAGCCGAACGGAUUCGUGCUCUUUAUCCUCAGGCCUCAAACAGACGAACUUCAGCUCCAGCUUGUUUAUCCGAUCCAAAUCAGGUAAGUUUUGACAUAAAUUUGAUAAAAAAUUGAAAAAAAAAUUUUUGAUAAAUUUGGCAAUGAGUCAAGUCUUUCUCUCCAACUUUUUACCAAAAUAAUGUUUUGCUGUAAUUUUUUUAAAUUUAGAUUAUCCAACAGAAUUUAGGUAUAUAAACAACAGUUUAUUAAUUUGGGGUAUUUAUUACCUAAAUUUAUCAUUCUAUCUCCUAGUUUUCCAUACUUCAGCAAGGUAACACCGACCUUUACUCCGGUAAUAUCCUGGGGUAUUUGAUCUUAUCGAGGUGGAUCGGGCCGGGUGCGCGAGGUGUUCGGAAGGCGAUAGUCAUCAACCGAUCACACUUUCCUGAUUAUCGCCGGAGCCGGCACGAGAGAACCUUUUCCUUUAAUUUGACCCAAAUUUUUAAUAAAAUGCAAAUUUUCCGCUGCCGGGAUUCGAAAAACUGGGCGGGGUGGAUACGGCAAGGGUGGAGGGUAAAGGUGAUGAUAUAGAAUAUAGUGUGGAUAAAGAUAAGGCUAUAGAAUGUGUUAUAGAGAGAUAUUAGGUUAUGAAGAUGUUGUGUGCAAUGAGAUGAUAAAGAUAAAGAACAUAGUUGAUAGAUAAGAUGUAGCCGAAAAGAAAAAAGAAGUUUGAGAAGGUGCGAUAACUAGAGAAUGCCAUAGAUAAGGUGGCAAAGAGACAGUAAAAAUAAUAUCAUACCAAGCAGGCAUACCUUUUGUGACAUAUUCAAAUAGACAUCCCAGAAGCGGCGAUUGCCUCCGGGUAUUUGUUUGUUGUUUGUAUCUCAGGUUGCGAUAAACUUUAGUCGAGAAACCCGUAAACAAUACGCGUCUACGGUGUCUUUAUUUUAAAUAUUAUCCUUAAAUUCAUUCAAUUUAAAUAUCACUCUUAAGUUACUUUAACUUAAAUAUUAACUUUUUAAAUUUAAGAAUCAGCUCUUCAAGGCUCGUCUGCAACAAUUAGCUGAGUCCAUGGGCACCACAACUGAAUCAACCUCGUCCAGUCCAGACUCUGGACUAGGCCAUGAGCCACACGAAUGUCAGGAGAAGGUGUCGCCUGAUCAGACAAUGUUAUUGUUUCAUCUGUUGGGUUACCAGUCGGAAGUGUUUCCCUCAACUUCAUCACAGAAUGACCUUCAUGAGUUGUGGUUGAGACAACAAUGUAAGAGUGCUUUGAUGUAAUAGCAAUUAUAAUUUAACGUUUUUUAAUAUCAAUUCCUCUUAUUGUCUAUUGUCAACCUCUUCUUUCAAUUACUUGUAAAAAACUAAUUCGACUACCUACUACAAUAUCUUGAACCUCAUCCUGUUUUGUUGCUGUUCCUUUCGCUUCUCUAAUGUGCCGUUUUAAUUCAAAACGAGGGAAAAGAACAUCAAAAAAGCGAAUGGCGUUUUAAUAAUUUGCACCUUGGUUUGUUUGGAUUGCCGGAGGGCAGGAUCUCCUACCAACCGGCUCCAACGAUGAGCAACUCUUGUUUGUGUUCAGAAUGCCACUUUCACUUUCGCCCAUGAACUUGCACCUUUGUCGACUUGGACAUGGUAAUUGAGGUCUUUGAUAGUGUAGUUUUACUAGAUGUAUAUCUGAUUUUUCUAUUUACUUUUUGACCAGCUUGUUACAGACCUUGUUUUUUAUCUGUUUUAGAAGUAUAAUACUACUUUUUCAGUAUUUUUAUAAUUCGAAACAAUUAAAAAAUAUUUUAGACGCCCAAACAGCCCAACUCUCGAACUGGAUGAACCUGAUAUACCCCCACCUUCAUGCUCAACCCCUAAAACCGGUACCAAACAACAUGUCCAACAUGUUGCACAUCCUCAGAACGAAUGCUCAGAUCCUGAAUCAGAUAAACACAGAGAAUCAGAACGAUCAGCUCUACGAGUUGCUACAGAGUCAUCUUCAACAUGAUCUGAAUCCUCAGAGUAUCAACAACAACCAGUCGGCUAAGAAGGUCCUGGAACCAGUGUUUGGUGCUCCAUUUGCACCAUAUGACAUGGGAAGAAGGUACAGUGAGCCAGCGGUGUCAUCGUUGAAUGUUCGGAGGAAGAGCAAAGAAAGUGAGUUACACUAGGAGAUUGUAUUACUGUGUUGAUAUUUUAAAUAUUAGGUAUCCGUUUUACAAAUUAGUCAUAAUUUUUUUUAAAUUGUCAUCUUUUUAUGUAUCUUAAUUGACUAAAUUUAAGUUAGUGGUCAAUCCUCGUAUCUUUGGGAAUUCCUGCUGAAGCUACUACAAGAUAAAGAGUAUUCUCCAAAGUAUAUCAAAUGGCUAGACCACAAGAAGGGCAUCUUCAAACUUGUCGAUUCCAAAGCUGUCAGUCGACUUUGGGGGAUGCACAAGAACAAACCCGGCAUGAAUUACGAAACCAUGGGCAGAGCGUUACGGUAAGUGUUAUCACUUUCAUUGAAAGCCCUUUGACUUGAUAUAACAAAACAAGUUGAUACUACAAUAUCAGAAAAAGAGAAUUAGUUCAGUUUUUAUGUUGAGGUAGGCAAUUGUAAAAGAGCAUUAUAGACAUAACUCUUUUUCAGAUACUACUAUCAGCGAGGUAUCUUACAGAAGGUCGAAGGUCAAAGGCUGGUCUACCAGUUCAUGGAUGUUCCCAAAGAGUUGUUCGACCCAAAUGACCCAACAUACGACGAUGACAUGGCCAAGACCAACACAGUAACCCAGCAAUUCCAGAAAACAUCACUUUUAGCUUGA